AUGUCUUUGUUGGGCAACCUGCGUCUAACAUUACCAGCUUCUGCUCCUUAUCCGUCUACACAAGUCACAUUCUUCAAUCGAUCUGGAUUCGUCUUUACAAAUCACCCACAUUAUGAGAACACAAAUCUUCGUCUCCGAACUGUUUUGGCUUAUGCAAUUUACAGUCGUAAACCUGUACAUGAUGUAUGGCACAUUUACCGUUACUCCUUAAAGACUGAUUUUAUGAUAGUAGAAGCACAUAUAUGUCCACCUAGAGGGGGAUGCAGUAAACCUGAACUUUAUGACUUAUUAGACCCACAUCUAGUUGGGCGUCCAGCACUAUGUGAAUCAUUGUUAACUGCGCCAGUUUCACAAACUGGAGAAACUCCGAGUAUUUUGAAGCCAUAUUUUACAGUUAUAUAUGUAGAACCCCAUACAGGUCGCCUUGUUCUGUACGUUAAUAAACUAUGA